AGUUUUGACUUGCGAAAAUACAGUUUAUUGCCAUCUGGCUCAUUCAGAAAUUGAAGUCGGAGGCAACGCCAAGGAAUACCACGUGAUGUUGGCCGCUUUUCAUUUCCACCCAAUCUUUCCCAUUCUCCCAUACCACUUCUAUGACUCUUGACUUUAAAUAACUCACUUCUCUUGAAAUAUCUGUCACAUUCUUGCAGUGAUAAUAUCUAUAAUUUAAGAACAGAGACACUCUGUGAAGGACUAGGCUGUGAAAAAAAACAGAAGGGGGAAGGUUAUCAACGUAUCGUCAAUAUGUCAGGUCUCGAUGUCGAGGCUCUACUUGAGUCUACAGCCGCCGCAGUACCCCAAGAUGCCCGACAGUCCCAGGAACGCGAUGACCGCUCCAAAGCCGACAGUAGUGACCGACGUGACCGUGACCGCUCGCGUGACAGGGAUCGUAGACGUCGGGACCGUAGCCGGGACCGACGUCGUGAUGCUGAUGGAGAUGAAGACAUGAAGAGUCCGAAAAGCGAACACGGCAGUGCUAACGGAAGCCAUAGAAGCAGAAAGAGGAGCAGGAGCCGUGAGAGUGAUCGCCGUCGGGCGCGUCGUGACCGCAAUGGUGAUGGCUACCGGUCUGGCGGAGACUAUUACCGUGGAGGCGGGCGGGCCCGCACUCGAUCUCGAUCCCCUAAUGAUGACCGCUAUUACCGCCCCUCGGGUCGUGCUCGUCGAGAAGAGAGGGAAGAUGACCGACGCUCUCGCCGCGAACGAGACACUCGCAGACGUAGCCCCAGUCGCGAAAGAACACCGGAGCUCAACGAGGAUGAACGUGAUAGACGCACUAUUUUUGUACAGCAGCUUGCGGCUCGUCUAAGAACAAAGGAAUUGAUUGCUUUCUUCGAGAAAGUUGGACCUGUUAAAGAGGCACAGAUUGUCAAGGAUCGCGUCAGUGGACGGUCUAAAGGUGUCGGUUAUGUUGAAUUCAAGAACGAGGAUUCCGUUGCUCCUGCUAUUCAACUCACAGGACAGAAGCUUCUAGGGAUUCCAAUCAUCGCACAGUUGACUGAAGCGGAAAAGAAUCGUCAGGCUCGCAACCCCGACGCCAGCAGUAGCAACAACCACGCCGCCCCAUUUCACAGGUUGUAUGUGGGUAACAUCCAUUUCAGCAUCACUGAAAAUGACCUCCAGAAUGUUUUUGAGCCGUUCGGCGAGCUCGAGUUUGUCCAGCUUCAAAAGGAUGAAACUGGUAGGAGCAGAGGAUAUGGCUUUGUCCAAUUCCGUGAUCCCAAUCAAGCUCGAGAGGCACUAGAAAAGAUGAACGGGUUUGACCUUGCUGGUCGAGCAAUCCGCGUUGGCCUUGGCAACGAUAAGUUCACCCCUGACUCGAGUGCUCAACGAUUGCAGAGCCAAGGUGCAAACCAACAAAAUUUCCAGGGCUCCUUAUUUUCGGGCCAUGGAGGACGUGGUAUCCAGGCCGGUGGUACUAGUAACUUCGACCGUGCCGGAGGCCGGGAUUCUGAGAAAGGAGCUGGUGCUAGUGCUUUGGAUGAUACAGAUGUCGCCGGUGUAAACUUCAACAACUACAGUAGGGACGCAUUGAUGAGGAAACUUGCAAGAACAGAUGAACCCUCUGAGCCGUCCGCCGACGAUAAGCAGAAAGUGCUCCGGCCUAAAACGGAAACCAAGCCAUUACCUGUCAAUGUGAACAUGGCGAGUCGGUGUGUUAUGCUUCGCAACAUGUUUGACCCUGCCGAAGAAGAAGGUGAAAUCUGGAUUAAAGAGCUAGAGGAUGACGUCCGCGCUGAGUGCGAAGAAAAAUAUGGCCAUGUUGUUCACAUUGCACUAGAUCCUAACUCGCAGGGUGAUAUAUACCUGAAGUUCGACCGCGUCCAGGGUGGUGAAAACGCCAUUAAAGGUCUGAAUGGACGGUUCUUUGGUGGCAGGCAGAUCACUGCGCAGCCCGUUGUCGACGCUGUUUACAGCAGUUUGUUCUCUCGAACCAAGGCGAUGUAGUGUUUAACUCGUCAACGCCUACAAAAGCUUACAUCUUAGUAGGUAUUCCAUCUAAUAGCGUGAUGUUAGGUGCGACUCCUGGUGACGGGAUCGCCGUCUAUAUCCCCGAACCUUUUAAUUUGCUUCGGCAUGGUAUUUGGCUUUGAUGACACUACCCCUGCCCUGAUGCCACUAGGUCUACUGAAAGACCCCGGGGUCGUACGGACUCUCAAUUCCUCAUGAACGACAUGAGGAGUCGUUAGAUACUCAAUAUAGGCCUUCCAGGUCACUCCCAAAGCGCGUAGUCAGGGAAAUAUCUAUCAUGAAUCCGCCGAGCAUAGUCCACCAGAGCCGGAAACCCCCGAACAGUCCUCUGCAUAUUUGGCGCCCUACAACAAAAAGUAUCAACCGUCAGCAACCAACUCGCAAAGCAUAAUAAUACCAAAA